AUGUCUUGGAAUUACACAGUCAAUCAGAUCAAUCUAUCGUUUGAGCGAAUUGCCCAAUGGUACCAGGACUUCCUACGUCGAUCUGAAGCGGCAUUCCGAGCUUUACACGAUCGUGUACUCGUUCUUGAACAGCAACAAGCUUCUCAAGGCCCGAGCGAUGAGCAAGUAGAACGAGUUCUCCGCAAGAUUCUUGCAGAACGAUUUGGCGACACGAGUAGUCUGCGCGUGGAGAAUCCAAGCCAAAUAAAAGAUGUGGACUUUUUCGUCAAACCACCAGAUGAUAAUAUCCCGAUUCCCAGAGCGCCUCUAAUAGAUCCGGCGAUGCUUUUCGUCGACCCAGAAGCGGUGCCAUCGAAAGCCUACAGCGAAACAUUUCAGAUGCUAGAAAGGGGACUCAGCCAAUACCCACAAAUCGAUGAUGCCAAACCAGUGAUCCGAGAUGCCACCCCAAAAGAGGAGGAUGACUUCAAACCCCCAGGCCUUCCACCCAAUCAUGGCCGACCAUGGUAG